AUGGUGUCAUCUGAUAAGGCCGCUGACGCACACACCGAGUUGUCGCAAUAUAUCGCCCGGAUACUGCUAGAGCGCUCAAAUUGGUCGCUAGAAUCUCUUGAUCAUCCAGUCUUGCGUAUCGAGGCUCAUUUGGAGGAGGAGAGCUCCCAAGGUGAGCGAACCGGGCAGUCUAGGCCCGUCUUUAGUCAUGUUGUCGAUCUCUCGGCCACAAAGACUUCAGAGCCGAGGACGCGGCAGAUAAAAGCGGCGCCGGUGCCUCCCCGCGCCGCGCCGGACAGGGCCGCCGCAUGCCCCAUUGAGCCAGAGGAUCGCCCAGAGGAACCACGAAAUACCAUUCCAGGUAAAUCCGUGACUGAGGGUGCUGAUGAUGCCGAGGAAGAAAACUGUUCUGAAGCUGCUUCAGAGAGCCACCACAAGGGGACCGGCGGACUGAGACUAGCCCGCUCCGACUCCAACCUCGUCGAGGACACGGACAGCCAGAGGCAGAUACACAGCGGCGACAAGUUCCCGAAGCGACGAAAAGUGAAGCCCGAGGGCCACUUUCUGCAGCCUUCGACACUGGACAAGCUCAUUGGCGGUAUUUGGGAGCAGAUCCACGGAACUGUGAGCCUUGACCCCCAGAAUCUCGUGCAGCAGUUGCAGCUUCGGGGCGGUGACGACAACAAUACCGGCGGAACAACAAUCGAAAGCCCUAUUGGCGGUUUUCUCAUGGCUCCGCCUGUGGGCACAACGCAGUUGAUCGCGGACGAAGCAGCCAAGCCGCGUGAUGACACCAGGACCGCGAUACCAGAGAUGAGCGAUGCCUUUAGCCGGAGCAACGUAUUCUGUCGGCAGGUCACACAGGCUAGUCGAGCUUGUCGGUCCCUUGAAGUCAUUGUGCAAGCCCGCUGGGUCGAAUAUUUUGAUGCCUACGUGGACGGCUGGGCUCGCGCAAAUGCAGGAGUACCAAGGAGUCGCUACAACAAGGCAGCUUUGAUGGGCGCAUGCGCCGACUUUGGCUGGUCAGAGAAGGAGCUGCGUAAUAAGAUGUACGUCUGGCGAGGCUACAAGGAAAUCAAGGACGCCGGCGGCUGGGUAGCUCUCGUCUUUGCUGGGAUGGGCAUCUACCGCUUCUGCAAGUAUCGGAUUGGGUUUGACAAGGAGAGUAUGCAGAGGUUGAGGAACUUACGGCCAGCCAUGGAGGUCGCGGCUGAUACCUUGCAUCCACAAUGGAGACAGCUACUCACGGUCCUUGGCGAGUCCUCUGAGAAGCUAUAUCAUGGACACCAGCACGAUUGGGUCGUGCAACUAGACGGGACCAAUCCUAUUCCCCUUCGGAACACAUAUCUCCAGUGGGAUCCGCAGUUUAGCUACCGGCAGCUCGAUGAGUCGAUCGUAGACGAGGCAACAUGGGGCUGCGACGAUCCGCGGUGGUCCAUGCCAGCGAGUGAUGUUGUUAGGGCGUCGGCUCUCCCCCUCUGCGAGACUUGCGAAAAGGAGCAAUCGGAUGAUCCAAAGCUCAACAACUGUUACUGCUUCCCGACACUCUUUGGCUGCGCAGUCACUUCGCCGAGCCCCGUGCUCGUGUUCCGGACUCCCGACGGCAAGAACAAUGGGCUGUUGGCACUAUGUGCGUUCGAGAGAGGGGCGCCCAUCGGUGAGUUUGUCGGCCUCGUCACCAAGGGCUUCCGCGAGGUCGACGUCAUGGAGAGCACGACAUCCUCGUCCGGGUCGCCGGGCAGCAGCGUCAGCUAUCAGAUAUGGCAAGGACGGCAAGGCAACUUUACACGCUUUGUCAACCAUAGCUGCAAGGCCAAUUCUCAGUACCAGCGCUUCACGUGGCUACACACGCAGCGCAUCAUUCUUGUCAGCAAGGGCAUCGAUGCUGGUACCGAGAUCACCGUCGAUUAUUCGGACAAGUAUUGGAAAGGCUUGAACAAGGCGUGCCUGUGCGGGGAGAGCUGCUGCCGGUACAGAAAAGCGGAUAGUGACAAGCGUUGA